AUGGUGCCACCGCAGCCCCGGCAAGUCGUUCCCCUUCCCGACAGCCUCCGGCUAACACGGCAUCGCACCCCAGCCGCCGCCGCGCCGAGGGGGAGCGUGGGGCUCCCCGCGCCCUUCCGGGAGACGGAGCGGGGGCGCCGGGCGGGGGAGUGCGGGGAGGCAGCGCCGCCCCUCCGCGGUGGGGAGCGGCCAGGCGAGGCGAGGGGAGGCGAGGCGGCGAGGGGGGGCGAGGCGGCGAGGCGAGGGGAGGCCGGCCCCCGUGGCGGAGCGGGGCGAGCGGGCGGUGAGGCGGGGCGCUGCGCUGCGCCCCGCGGGGGGCCGCCGCCGGCGGGCAACCGGAGCGCACUGCGGGGCUCGGCGCCGCUGGCGACGCUGGAGCUGCCGGCCCGCCCAGGGGAGGCGACGUUCCCCCACCCCGCAGGGAGCCCGGUCGCCUACGGAACCCAAUCCACCGGUCUUGGGGCGCUGCGGUUGUCUCCGUGUCCAAGCAGGAAAGUUGUGUCCGUCCCUCCCCCCUCCCCCCGCCGCCUCAGAGAACCUGUUUCCUUUCAACUUCCCCGGCUGCCGGUUCUCCUGGCCGCGAGGCUGGGUCCAGGGACGACGCACACCGACCCCCGUGCUUGGAAGAAAUUCAGUGCCGGUUUUAUCACUUUGCCAGGCUGCCUUGUAGCGGUAGCAGCUCGGGCGCGACCGUCUCCCCUUCGACCUCACCCCGUCCCGUCUCCCUGGGCCACGGCUCUGCGGCCCCUACCCCGCACCGGAGCACAGCGAGCCCCGCUCUCAAGAGCUGCGUCGGACAAGGAGGGGGCCAAAGAGGGCAAAAGGGGUGGGGGUUGCUCCCAUGUGCCUCGCUACAGCCCGCGCGUGCCCUCGCCUAGGAGCGCCCCGUUGGUCAUCGCCGUGAAAGCAUCGCCCUCCCGUCGGGCAGCGCUGAAAUGAUACGGUAUAAUGUUUCGACCCCACACGCAGAGGCCAGUGAGGGCCGGCCGCCGCGGGACUGUCAGCACUCCCCUCGGGUCGGGGGCUGCCAAGCGCCAACCCGGCUCCGCGCAGGCUGCGGGGGAGAAGGUGGAGAGCGACCGCCGCGGGAAGAGGGAGAAGUAUAGAGCCCGCGGGGAGCCGCCAGCGGGGCCGCGCGUCAGCAAGCCGCUCCUCCGCGCUGCGUGCGGGCGCAGGGACCCCGCGUUGGGCCGGGAGGCGGGUCGGGUCGCCGCUGUGGGGAGCUGCGGAUGCGGCACGGAACGGGGCCGGUGCUCUGGCACGGUGAGGGGCAGAGCCGGCCUGUCGAGGUGUUCCGGCUGGACUGGGGAUGAGGAGAGCUACCGCGGCCUGAGCCACAUCUUUUGGGGCGCGUUUUAGCUCUUGGAAAUGUUUUUCUAUAGUCAAGCUGAGUGUAUCACAAAGAACGGUCAAAAUUAAAAAGGCCCGUAAAAGCA